UCGAGCGUGUGCCCGUGUCUGCUCCUCACACAUUUUCACUCUCACUUGAAAAAAAAAAACCCAACUUCCCAACCUGGUGAAAAGGACAAACAUUCAAACAUUGAGCGCGCGUAAAAGUGGUCCUUUAUACACACAUUUUUUCUUCUUCUUCUUCUUCUUUCAUUUCCACUUUUUUCUCUCACUCCGAUCAUCAUCUCUUGUCCUUCUUCUUCUUUUUUUCCCCCCCAUAUUUCCAGAGUUGAAUCUUGGCAUUUUUUUCCUUUUCUUUUCCCUUAUCCUUACACCCCACCACUUGACACAAGAAUACCUGUUCGCUCGCAAGAAGAGAGUGUGCGCACUGACCAUUGUCCGCGCCAAUCGGGGAUCCCCCGUUCCUGGACUCUAGUGACAUCCACUAGACUAGAUGAUUUCCCCCACCUCCCAACAAGCUACCCCACCAUUUCCUUGCCACGUGCCGAUAACGCCCUUCUUUCGAUAUACCGGCUACGAAGAAUUUUUUCGAAAGACCUUUUUAUAAUACGUCAGCACACACAGAGAGUGAACGAAGGGUUCCUCAUUUCUCGCCGCCGGUGAAACAAUUUUUAAUCGAUGUGUCUCGUGACAGUUUUGUUUUCUUGUGUGACGCUCCGAAAACAUGUGGCGGGAGAGUUUAAACAGUGUGACAAUUAAUUCUUGGAGAAAAAUACAUUUUCAACAGAGAUACUACCGGCAAACAAAAGGGAUUUAUUACACAAGUGAAAGUGACAGUAAAACAAAACUUCAAGCUUGGAGAUGAUGAUGAUGAUGAUGAUUGUGAUUGACAUUCAUUUAUUUAGCCUAUAGGACAUUAGAGUCGAAAAAGAAACGGUGCCACCCGGAGAAGGUAGGCGAGAGCUAAAAAAGUGGAAUCUCGAGAAUGACGUCGACAGUGGUCCAGGAAGUGAGGCUGUCCGAUCCAGGAGAAUUGGACAGUGAUGGAUCGAGCAGCGAGGAUCGAGAUGCCAGGAAACGACUUCUUGGCGAGGCAGAUUCUGCUGGUCCAAAGAAACGACGAAAACAAUCGACUCCAGUGAGAUUCCCAACUUCCUUAAUGUUGGGCGAUCAUCCUGAGUCCGAGGAAGACGAGGAGCAGGAUGCAGUUUCGGAAGGUAAGCCGAAUUCGCCAGCGGCAGAAUCUCUUCAAGGUCAUCAAAGAAUAAAAGACGAAAAUUUAAAUACAGAAUUCCGCUGUCAGUAUUGUAGUCAAUCAUUCGAUGGCAAAGCAACUCUCGAUUUGCAUUUAGAAUGCGAGCACAAUCUUGUAGCGUCCCAAUUAAAUUCCGAGAGUCAAUCACCACAGUCCGGAAGUCAAAUUCAAAUGAAAGUAGAAACGAUCAAUCAAUUAGAUCAGACCCUUAAUUUAGUUAAUGUCCCAAAUAUCGAAAUGAAAAAUUUAGCUUCCCCGUGGCUCACGGAUCAGGUGCAAUCACAAAAUCAACAAUCAAACGAAGAAUGGUCAGCCUCAAUUCACAUGAUGCCAAAAUUGCCAGCCUUACCAAAUUUUCCCGGUGGUCUACCUCAAUAUUUACCAUUACCUCCAGGAUUUCCACUUUCCGAUUCUAGUCAGAUUCAUAGACCAAAUUUAGGCCCAGCUCCAAUGAGGAUUUUCAAUCCUGACGCUUACUGUGAUCUUUGCAAUAAAGAAUUUUGCAAUAAAUAUUUUCUCAAAACGCACAAAGCCAAUAAACACGGGAUUUAUGACUCACUAAAUCCAGUGCCAAUGGCCGAGAAUAGUGGAGCUUUAUCUGGACCAAUUUAUCCUAUUGGACAAAUAACAGGACAAUUGCCCGGAAACAGUGUCAAAAUGGAACCGAUUCUAACAGUAGAUAAUAAUGUACAAUCCCCAAAGAUAAAUCAACCAAGUAUUCCAUGUGAUGACAUGCAAAAAGUUCACACUGAUCAAGGAGAUCAAACAAAUAUCAUUCAAACAUCAGACAAUGAAAGAGAUCUUCAGUAUCAAAGUCCAGGUGCAAUGGAGAUGCUUUUUAAACAAGAAUAUGGACUCGAACAGGAAAACAGUUCAUUCAUGCCCCCACCGAGGCAUCUCUCACCCCAGGCCAUUCAACAAGCGAAAGAAUCAAAUUUCAACGUGGAACGUCUUCGUAAACUUGGCGUUCUAAAUCCUGAUGCAUUUUGUGAAAUCUGCUGCAAAGAAUACUGUAACAAUUAUUUUUUGCGCACUCAUAAACUUAAAAGGCACGGAAUAAUCAUUCAAGACGAGAAACCACCAAUAAAUCCUGGAUCAGCAGCUACUUGGCAUCAGGUGCAAACCAGUCCUCUAAAUCUCAUUAUCAAUGAAUCGGGCAAUGGAUCCGAGUACAGCGAUCGAUCAACCGACGAUCACGAAUGCAAUUCUUGUGGUAUACGUUUUCAAACGCAAGGUCUCUUUGAAUCUCAUCGGCAACGAGUUCAUCCCGACGAAGAAAUUUCAUCAAAAAAUGAUUUUGAACACGACACUCUAGAUCAACGUUCCAUUUCAAACAACGAUUCAAUUUCAGAGGAUUUACAAAAACUCCAAACAAUGAUCCUACAAUUAAAUGGCAUUGAAAAUAAAAUUACCCCCUGUUCCAUUUGCAGUAAGGAAUGUGAUUCAAAAGCAGCAUUAAAAAUUCAUAUGCAGGAACAUGGUAUCACAUCAGAGGAUGCCAGUUCACCAACUCAUAGUCGAGAAAAAUCCCUAACACCCCUGAGUACAACAACAUAUUGUACACUCUGCGAAAAGGAAUAUCCUAAUCAAGACGCCCUACGAAAACAUAUAUCCGAUGAUCACAAAUCAAUUUCAAAUAGUGAUUUAAAUUCCCUUCCACCGAUACCAUCAAUUUCCAUGCCCACAACACCAACAUCAUCUGUACCAACACCUGAACGUAAAUCCUCAUCACUGACACCAACAUCAAGUUACUGUGAAAUUUGCAACAAGGAACUGUGCAACAAGUACUUUAUGAAAACCCACAUGCAACGAAUGCAUGGUAUCGAAAUAGAAAACGGUGCUCAAAUUGGUGGUGUUAUUUGCAACAUUUGUAACAAGGAAUUGUGCAGCAAAUACUUUUUGCGAGUACACAAACACAAUACACAUGGAAUUAUUGAAGAGGGAUCAAAUCUCUCAACAAACAGCAAACCCGAAACAUUUGAUGCAUCAAGUUCUGAUGAUUCGGCAUUAAAACCCGAACAACUUGGCGAUUUAAAUCAUCGAUAUUUUACACAUUUCACCGAAGUUUGUCCAAUUUGUAACCGACGAUUUCGAAGUAUCAAAUGGCUCAAAGCACAUCUAUUGGGUGAUCAUGGCAAAUUAGGUGUUGACAAAUGGAAAGAAUUGGAACAACAAUAUCAAGCGAAUCAUACAAAAAAUAAUCGUUUACCCGGUACAUCUCGUGUUCCAUCAAUAAAUUCAAAUUUAAAAAUACCAAAUGGCUUUGAAUCCACUCAAAACAAAGGCACCGAUCUCACAUCACUUGGCAAUCAAGUACUCUCCAAUCUUUUCGGCUCAUCGACCGAAGAUCAACAAUCCAAAACAUACAGAUGUUCCUAUUGUAAUUUCUCAACGACAGUUUUACCCUUUCUCUUCCUUCACGAGAGAUCACAUACAAAUCCACAAGAAAAUAUCACCGAAAACGAAAGAAUCCUCCAAUGUCCACUUUGUCCACACAGUUUCUCUCAACCCGAUCAUUUUCAUCAUCAUCUACUCACGCGUCAUCAAUUUCCAAAUUUUCUCUCACAAUUCCCACCGCCAUUAUUCAAUAACAUGAGGCUUGAAACAUUUGGUGAAAAAAUUCUCGAAUCAAAAGAACAAUUCAAUGAAAAAAUCAUUGAAUCAUCAAAAGAUGAUGAUGAUCAAAAACAAAAUUCACGAAUUAAUUUCAAUGAAAGUGAAUCUCAAAAGAAAAAUGACACUGCCGUUCAAGUGACACCGCAGGGAGUUUAUAAAUGUGCUCAAUGUGGAUUUGCAACAGCAAAUUUAAAUCGAAUAAAAAAACACAUUAAAAAAGAUCAUAAGGGAUUUGGUGAACCAACGGAAAGUGUCAUCUCAGAAUUGAGUAAAAUUCUCAAGGAAGUCGCAAAUAAACAUAAAGUUCCAGCGAGUUAUGCGAUGCCACAAGACAUGAACUCAAAUCCAGAGAAGACAAUAAUGCAACCAUUUUUAAUCGAAGAACAACAAUUUCUUUCAUCUCAAGAUUGCAGCACAACUGGUAGCGAAGAAUCUGGAUCAGCGAAACGUUUUGCACCGGCCUUGGUCUACCUGCCAGUUAAGGCUCGUGUCAGUGGUUCUCUCACGGCCUCAUUCACAUUAAGUCCCGCGUAAACUAAUAAAAUUUUCUCCAAGGACAAUUUUCUUUUUCCAAAUAGAAGAAAAAAAUUCUUUCCAUCAUUGAAAGCCUCAAUUUCUGCCUAUGAGAAUAUCACAAAGAGUUCUCUCUGAGAAUUUUCUUUCUAUAUGAGAAGAUUUGAAAAAAAAAAAACGAUGGUCCAGAUUGCACCUCGUUACAAUCAGAGCACACGGUAUUUGUUCCUAAAUUGCCAAUGAAAAUAUAGUAUUUUUUUAAUAAAAAAAAAAAGUUCUGAUUAAUUUUUUUGAUCAUUUCUAUUUCAUUCACUCGGUAUACGUAUAUUUGUACAAAAAAAAAAAAAUCGAUCAUCCCUCGAUUAAAAACUAAUUGGCCCCGUAUUUAGAAAAAAAAAAAGUUGUUGUAAUACGUAUAUUCUAAUCGCGAUGUUAUAGUGUAAAUAUUAAUUAUAAAAUUUGAUUAAGAUUGAUUGAGUGAUCGACAAAGUUCCUAUAUUUUAAAUGCGUCGGGCCCUCUCAGGGAAGAUCGACAAGAUUCUUGUCUAAAAAAAAACCAAAAAUUUAGUUCUCAUUUAUUUUCAAUUUCAUUUUUAUCUAUAUUCAUAAUAUAAAUAUAUAUAUUAUAAUAGUCGAACCUUUUACUACGCGCCAAUUUAAUAUGAUAAGACCAAGAUUUAUAUAAAAAAAAAAUAAUAAUAUAAAAAAAACUAUAGGAUAUUUUUCAAUACGGGAACAAUAGAGCACGGAUAGAUUUUGCGAUAAAUACCAUUGUUAUCAUUAUAUAAAAACGACAUAAAAAAUAAUCCCGUCUGAUGAUUAUAUGAAGAAAAAAAAAGUACCGAUAAUUUUUAAGUACGAUUUAAAAAAAAAAUUAGAGAAUAUCAAGGAGCAAAAACUAACAAACUCAGGGUGAACACAGUAUAACCCAGUAACAAAAGUACAAUAUUAUACACAGCCAACUCAUUAUAUAAUUGAAAAAAUAUAUUGAAAAAAAAUGUAUGAUAUAAAGCCCUAAGGUUUUUUAUAAGGAUAUCCCCCCCCCCCAAAAAAACAUUGACAUGAAAAUGACCAAAAAAAAAAAAACGCUCUAUUAAUUUAGUAAUCUAGUCAAGCAUAGCUAGUCUCUAAAAAAACAAAAAAAUAAAUAAAACUUAAAAACCAUAUUUAUCGUCACAGAAAAAAAUGGAUAUUAAGAAUUUAAUAAAUAAUAAUAUUAGAGUGAUAUUACAGGGAUGUAAAGAAAGGGAUGUAUUAUCUAGAUUUUAACGCUUAGUAUUUACACAUUUUCAUUUAACAUCAGAUGCGCUAUUGAAUUAAUUUAAUGUCUCGAAAAUUAACUCGAGCAGUUAAAAUAUUCAAAUAUCUAUCACGCAACAGCCGAAAUUUUAUUUAAUGUAAUUUACUUAAAUAUGCGGUUUCUCUUAUAAUAUCAUAAAUGUAUGUUUAACAUAAUAACAGAUAAUUAUUUAUCAUAAAAUUUUUUUUCCAACACGUUUCAAUUUUACAUAGAAUCAAUUAAAAAUUAUCAACAUAAUUAAUUUAGAAAACUAAUCAAAUGAUAUAAAACAACAUAAA